AUGGCGGUUCUUUUGGAAACGUCUAUUGGAGAUUUGGUAAUAGAUUUGUAUACAACUGAAAGGCCUAAUACUUGUCUAAAUUUCCUGAAAUUAUGCAAGACCAAGUAUUACAAUUUCUGCUUGUUUCACUCCGUGCAGAGGAACCUUGUGGCACAGACUGGGGAUCCUACUGGCACUGGACGAGGUGGAGAAUGUAUCUUCAGGAAACUAUACGGGGAUCAGGCUCAAUAUUUUGAAAUGGAAGCAACUCCACGGAUCAAGCAUAAAAAACAUGGAACAGUUUCUAUGGUGAACAAUGGUAAUGGCAUGCAUGGCUCCCAGUUUUUUAUCACCCUUGCAGAAGAUCUUGAUUAUUUAGAUGGUGUCCACACAGUGUUUGGAGAAGUGGCUGAGGGUUUGGAAGUCCUGAGCAAAAUAAAUGAAACAUUCUGUGAUAAAGAACAUCGACCAUAUCGAGAUAUCAGGAUUUACCACACAGUGAUUCUUGAUGAUCCCUAUGAUGAUCCACUGGACCUGGAAAUUCCACCUGUAUCACCUCUGCCUACAAAAGAACAGUUGGAAAGUAGUCGUAUUGGUGAUGAUGAGGAAAUUGAUGAUACAAAGGGCCUGACGCAAAGUGAACUAAAGGAAAUGACUGAAAACAAAGAGGAGAAGGCUAAUGCACAAAUUUUAGAAAUGGUUGGUGAUCUUCCUGAUGCAGAAGUGGCGCCACCAGACAAUGUUCUCUUUGUUUGUAAAUUGAAUCCUAUCACAACUGCUGAGGAUUUAGAAAUUAUCUUCUCUCGAUUUGGAAAUAUUCUAAGUUGUGAAGUAGUACGAGAUCAAAAAACAAAGGAAUCUUUACAAUAUGCUUUCAUUGAAUUUGAAAAGCCUGAGGAUUGUGAACAAGCCUAUUUCAAGAUGGAUAAUGUGUUAAUUGAUGAUCGUCGAAUCCAUGUUGACUUUAGUCAGUCAGUUGCCAAAGUCAGAUGGAAAGGAAAAGGGAAAGGUGUGGAGCAUCCAAAACCUGAGACCAAAUAUGAUGGAAAACCACAGUAUGUUCUAAAAGACAGAUCCUGGAAAAGCGAUAAGAAAUAUGAUUUGGUGUUUGAAGAGGAUGAACAAGAGAGUAUCAAGCCUUGCAGUGAUGCUGAGAUUCCCAAGGUGAAAAAGAAAGACAAGAAGAAGAAAAAGAAAAAGAAGCAUAAAAAACAUAAAAAGAAGUCAAGUAGCGAUGAUGACAGUAACCAGUCAUCAGUCAGUGAAAAACAUUCUAAAAAGUCUUCAUCGAAAUCAAAACAUGAAGGCAAUUCUGGUCAGACAGAGAAACGUCGGAAAUCUUCUCCAUCACCAGAUAGGUCAAAAUUGAAAUUAGGUUUCAAGCAAGGAGGAAACUGGGAUCGCAGCCGUUCUCCCAUUUCUCGAGGACCCAAUCGUGGAAGCCAUUCAUCUGACAGACGAGAUUACUCACCUGACCUGCUACCAAAUUAG